AUGGAACCAAGCUACAACAACAGCUACAGCCACUACUACGGCGGCUGGAACGACGACGACGACGUCGUCGUCGUCUCCGUCGCAUGCGCUCCUAGCCUCCCUGCGGCUUCUAGCUACUCCAAAUCCUGUACGGCGGCCGCCGCCGCCGCCGCUUGCGAGCCCACCUCCUCCCAUUCCCCUCUCGCGCGCUGCGCCGCCGGUGGGCAGCUGCUGCUUCGAUUCGGUGGCGACGAGGACGAAGAAUCCUACAGCGUUCAGGAGGAUGGGAAUGGGUUGUGCAUGGAGCAGUUCAACGCCCUCAUGGGGGCCGCCUCCAUCUCCACGGCCACCGGCAGCAGCUGGUCGACGCAGGCCAGGUCGACCACGACUACCAGAGUUGCUGCAAACGGGCCCAGCGGCGGCAGCAGCGAGCAGGAGUUCCCGCAGCUCAUCGGCGUGCGGAAGCGGCCGUGGGGCAAGUUUGCAGCUGAGAUAAGGGACUCCACGCGCAAUGGCGCCCGCGUCUGGCUCGGCACCUUCAACACCCCCGAGGCCGCCGCCCUCGCCUACGACCACGCCGCCUUCGCCAUGCGCGGCCACGCCGCCGUGCUAAACUUCCCGGUGCAGCGGGUGCGGGAGUCGCUGCAGCAGCUGGGGAUCAGCGCCGCCGCUGGAGACUCCCCCGUGCUGGAGCUUAAGAGGCGCCACUGCAUGCGCAAUCGCUCGCUUAAGAACAAGAAAGCGGCCGGCAUGGACGACGGCCAUCAGCUGCCGGCGGCGACAACGAGCCGCAGCAAUCAAAAUCAAAACCAGCCGCCGCAGGAGCAACGCUGCGUGCUGGAGCUGGAGGACCUGGGAGCUGACUACCUGGAGGAACUGCUCGCCUUAUCCGAUUAUUCAUCGCAACCUGCUCCAUUUACCUAG